AUGAACCUGCUGGAGAAGGGCUCGGACGAGAAGAAGAUCGAUGCCAUGAAGCGCAUUUUGACGAUUAUGUUGAAUGGCGACCCCAUGCCUCAGUUGUUGAUGCAGAUUAUCCGGUUUGUGAUGCCGUCGCGGAACAAGCAGCUCAAGAAGCUGCUGCAUUUUUACUGGGAAAUCUGUCCCAAGUUGGGUGCUGAUGGUAAGCUCAAGCAGGAGAUGAUUCUUGUUUGUAAUGCCAUUCGAAACGACUUGCAACAUCCCAAUGAAUACAUUCGAGGUGCUACUUUGCGGUUCUUGUGCAAAUUACGCGAACCCGAUUUGCUAGAACCUCUUAUUCCCAGUAUUCGCGCUUGUUUGGACCAUCGUCAUGCUUAUGUGCGAAAGAAUGCCGUGUUCACUGUGUACUCAAUUGCUAGUCAUUCGGCAGAUCACUUGAUUCCUGAUGCUACUGAAUUGAUUAAGAUUUUCCUGGAUAACGAGACAGAUGCUACUUGUAAGAGAAAUGCGUUUAUUGCACUCAGCAAUUUGAGCAGAGACGAUGCUUUUGAGUUUGUCCAGAAGAAUCAUACCAAUAUCAGUGGACUCGAGGAAUUGCUGCAAUUGGCAUUUAUUGAAUUCAUUCGUAAGGACGCACAGACCCAUCCAGAACUCAAGAACAGUUAUAUCAAGAUUAUUGGCGAGAUUCUUGAAUCUUCGUCCAAUACGGUUGUAUAUGACGCAGCUAACGCACUUACCAGUUUGACUAGUAAUGCUUCAGCUAUUAAAACGGCUGCUAGUAAGUUUAUUGAUCUGGCUGUUAAGGAGUCGGAUAACAAUAUCAAGCUGAUUGUGUUGAGUAUUGUCGAUAAAUUGAGAAUUAAGAACCCAGGUGUUUUGAACGACCUGACUAUGGACAUUUUGCUUGUAUUGUCGAGUCCAGAUCUGGAUGUGCGAAGAAAGGCACUUGAAUUGGCUCUCAGUAUGGUUACAAGUAAGAAUGUGGAUGAUGUUGUGAGGUUGUUCAAGAAAGAUUUGGCCAAGACUGUCAAUAACAGUGGUGACUUUGAUAAGAAUACCGAGUAUAGACAGUUGUUGAUCCAGUCAAUUCACACAUGUGCUGUUAAGUUUGGCGAAGUGGCUACUAGUGUGGUUGAUUUGCUGCUUGAUUUUAUUGGCGAUUUCAACUCGUCUUCUGCUGUUGAUGUCAUUGCAUUUGUCAAGGAAGUGGUCGAGUUGUAUCCCAAGCUUCGUAAAUCCAUUGUCAAGCGUCUUUUGACCACUCUUAACAGUGACGAGGUUCGCAGUGGCAGUGUUUAUAGAGGCGCGUUGUGGAUUCUUGGUGAGUAUUGUUUAGAAGAAACAGAUAUUCAUGACUCGUGGGUCCAUAUUCGUAAGAGUUUGGGCGAGAUUCCUAUUCUGUCUACCGAACGUAACAAGUUAAAUGGUGGAAACGAUGGUGAAGAGGCUGCUGACAAUGCCGAGUCCGGUGCUACUACAAAUGGAGGAACCACUCAUAAGAAAGGACCUAAAGUUUUGGCUGAUGGUACUUAUGCUUCAGAAAGCGCUUUUACAGCCACUGAUGCCAAGAACCUGGAAAAAGUCAAGUCAUCUCGACCACCAUUACGAGCACUUAUUCUCGACGGCAACUAUUUUGUGGCAGCAGUUUUGGCAGUCACCAUCACUAAAUUGGUGCUGAGAUUCAAUAAAGUGUCCAACAACGACUCACACAAGAACGCGCUUCGUGCCGAGGCCCUGCUUAUCCUGACAUCGAUUCUACGAGUUGGCGAGUCGGAAAUCGUCAGUCAGAAGAUCGAUGAGGAUUCUGCUGACAGAGUGUAUUCGUGUAUCCAGGCACUUCUGGACACUAAUGACGCCAUUGACCUGGCGUUUUUGCAGGAUUCUCACUCUGCUUUUAAGGUUCUUAUUGAUAAACAGAAGAAGAAACAAGACGAAAAGAAUGCUAAUGAACGUGAGAAGACAGCUACACGUGUUGACAGCCCCGUCAAGUUCCGACAAUUUGCGCGUCUCGAGGCUAAUAACGUUUCUUCGGAGAAUGCCGAUGCUAGUGACGAAGCAGCACUUUCAGCUGCCAACGAUGCAUCCAGCGAUAAGAUUGCAUCUCGAUUGAACCGCAUUGUUCAACUGACCGGAUUCUCAGACCCUGUGUAUGCCGAAGCGUAUGUGAUUGUGCACCAGUUCGAUAUUGUACUGGAUGUUCUGUUGUUCAACCAGACCACCGAGACUCUACAGAACCUGUCUGUGGAGUUUGCGACUUUGGGAGACCUGAAGGUUGUAGAGCGACCCACCACACAGAAUGUCGGGCCACAAUCGUUCCACAGCGUUCAGACCACGAUCAAGGUGUCAUCAGCCGAUGCUGGCGUUAUUUUCGGUAACAUUAUCUACGAAGGACACACUGGCAGCGUGAACAACGUGGUCAUCAUCAACGAUAUCCACGUGGAUAUCAUGGACUACAUUAAACCCGGUCACUGUUCUGAGACCGAGUUCCGGACCAUGUGGAGCGAGUUCGAGUGGGAAAACAAAGUCAACAUCUCAGUUACGUACCCCAGUCUAAGAGGGUUCCUGGCAUACCUGCUCAAGAACACGAACAUGACGUGUCUGACCACCGGUGCCCUUUCUGACGAAACAGAUGCCGACGGUAACUACAAAGACGAGUGCCAGUUCCUAUCGGCCAACCUGCAUGCCCGCUCCUCGUUCGGAGAAGACGCUCUUGCCAACCUCAGCAUCGAAAAGGACGCCUCUGGCAAGGUCACCGGCCACGUCCGCAUCCGGUCCAAGGGCCAGGGCCUGGCCCUCUCCCUCGGCGACCGGGUCGCUGAGCUCCAACGCAAAAUCAAACCCUCGCCGCUAUCUAAAUAA